AUGGCGAACCGUACCUUUACAUUUGCAGAAGGCCAGCCAAUUGCAGACCCAUCGGUCAGUACAACGUUGCCUACUAUUGGCGGCGGCGGCCUCACGACACUGGGUGACACGCUACUCAUUGAGACACUUUCGCACUUCAACCGCGAACGCAUUCCCGAAAGAGUCGUUCAUGCUAAAGCUGCAGGCGCUUGGGGAGAAUUCGAGGUUACAAAUGACAUUUCUUCCUUCACAUCGGCCAAGUUCCUCAACGGGGUUGGCAAGAAAACCCCCGUUUUGUUCCGUGCAAGCACUACCGGUGGUGAAAAGGGUAGUGCAGACACUGUCCGUGAUGUGCGAGGCUUCUCUGUCAAGUUUUUCACAGAGGAGGGUAAUCACGAUAUUGUAGGAAACCACAUUCCUGUGUUCUUUGUUCGCGAUCCUAUGAGGUUUCCCUCUCUCAACAGAAGCCAUAAGAGAAAUCCUGCCACCAACCUACAGGAUUGGACCAUGUUCUGGGAUUUCCACGCGAACCAACCCGAAAGUGUUCAUGCUCUGAUGCACCUUUUUAGCAAUCGGGGGAUUCCUGAUUCCAUCCGCCGAAUGACAGGGUUCGGUAUACACACCUUUAAGAUGGUAUCAGCUGAUGGUGGCUUCCGAUACUGCAAAUUCCACUUCCGGCCGACCCAGAGUAUCACACACUUCUCUAAUCAGGAAGCUACGCGCAUGGCUGGCGCAAACGCCGACUUCCACACUCAGGAUUUGUGGGAUGCUAUUGCUCGAGGAGAGUUGCCGGCCUGGAAACUCUACGUGCAGGUCAUGGAGCCCGAGCAGGCUGAAACCUACGGCCGUGCUCUGUUUGAUAUCACCAAAGUUUGGCCCCACAAGGAUUUCCCCUUGAUCGAAGUUGGCCAAAUGACUCUUAACAAGAAUCCGGAGAACUAUUUUGCCGAGAUCGAGCAAGCGGCAUUUUCACCUUCGAAUAUGGUGCCCGGCAUUGCAAUGACUCCUGACCCUAUGUUGCAGGCGCGCAUGUUCGCCUACCCCGACGCCCAGCGAUACCGUCUCGGAGUGAACUAUACACAGCUUCCUCCAAACCGUGCAAUUUGCCCAGUAUACGCACCAUUCGAGCGCGACGGUAUGGGAACCGUGACCCGAAACUAUGGUGGUGAUCCCAACUAUGUGCGGAGCUCACUGAGUCCUGGCGUCCCCAGCCAGACUGUCUCCAACGUACGACACACUGAGCGCAUCUUGCGCAACGCUGUUCUCGGCCAUAAUGAGAUCCUAGUUGACGAUGAGGAUUUCAUUCAGCCACGAGACCUGUGGAACAGGGUCUUUGAUGAGGCUGAGAGAAGGCAGUGGGUAUCAAAUGUGUCGGAGACUUUAGAAGACCUACCUGAUCAGCUCAAGGAUGCUGUCACUGCCAUGUUCAGCAAGGUCGAUCCCCGUCUUGGUCAGCUGUUAGAAGCUAAGGCCAAGAACAAUUCUCGUCUCUAG